AGGCAAACACGCACGGGGAUGGAGGAUUGGAUACGGGGGGCGCAUAAGUCACAUUAGGAAAGAGAUUGGUCACCAUUGGCUGCGCUCCUUCAGAAGCGAGCACUUCAAAUGUGCGACGCACCUGGCUCUCUCCCUACGGCAGAAAUUAACGGAGCUUUUCGGUAAGACCUUUCCUGUUGUUCGCUGUCGUCUCAGUCACCUCAGACACCUAACUGCAAAUGACGGAGAUAAAUCAACUACAGAAGAACUUCUCCUGCCGUAUAUCAUGCGAAUUGGGAUGAAACAUGGUUUGCCUCAGACAUUUCUAGCGGAGCUGAAACCUCGUUGAAUGCAACCUGGAACCCGGUUUUCGUUCAUUAUGGAUAGGAAUGCGCUGACGGCGUGUAAAGUUUUUGUUAUGGGAAUUCUAGUUAACAGCUUGAUGAGCAGUGCACUCUCAGAGACGGAGAGCUCGGAGCUGGGGCUGACGCGCCGGCCGCUGGUGCUGUGCAACGAGACGCAGCUCCUGCUGGAGAUGGACGUGUGCGGAGAGGUGUUCAAGAGACAGAUGGCCCACGUGGACGCGCAGCACUGGUGCAACCUCACACACUUCCUCAGCGAGUACCACCUGUUCUCCUCGUGUACGGAGAAGAACUCGGAGCGGAUUGGCUGCUACUGGCCCAACCCCGUGGUGGAGGGCUUCAUCAUCCAGAUCCACAAGCUCUUCUUCUCCAACUGCACGGUGGAGCGCGUGGUGUGGGUGGACCCGUCGGACGACCUGCUGGCCGCCCUCAUCCUCGUCCCAAUCCUGCUCACGCUGGCCAUGAUCGCGCUGGUCGUCUGGUGCAGCAAGCGGAGCGACAUCCUGGCCUAGAGAGCAGCACUUCCUGGUGACCAUUGGGCCACCUUAUUGGCUGAGACGUGAAAGAAGCCGGGACUUUAGAAUUUUAAGACAUUCCUUUUGAUUGUCAUGAUUGGCUAAUGCUUGAAAUUGGACCGUCCACACCACAUGAUUUGGAUUUGGCCACAGCAUGGUAUUCUGACUUCAGCAUCACGACGGCACGCUGGUCCCAUGAGCACAUACUGUUCCUUGAGCCCAGCGCUCACCUCUGACAUCACUCAUUCCUCCCCAACACAUUCCAUUGUAUGGUGUAUGGGACCAAAACGGUGGAUUUGUAUCAUUGGGAACAACUGUCCUUCUGUAGGGGGAGAAACAUUUCAUUCUCUGUUGGGUGGAAAUGCUUUAUGAAGCCCAAAAGAACCCUUUGAAGAUGGCUGAGGCCACUAGUCCUCUCCCCUGAGGAUGAAGCCAUGACACUGUGGAUUCUCUCUCCUUUCCUCUCUCCCCUCUCCGCUUCUCUCUCCUCUCUCUCCUCUUCUCUCCCUUCUCCCCUCUUCUCUCUCUCUCCUCUCUUCUCUCUCUCCUCUCCUCCUUCUCUUCUUUGCCAUACAAAGUCAUUCAUCAAUUCCCUGGGGAAAGGCCCUGGAUAAUAAUUAUGCCAAACACUGCAGUUGCCCCACAGAGGAGUUCUCAAGGAGACUGUCCCGUCGCCGUAACAACACACUGUCCCCUCACCAUAGCAACACACUGACAGAGUGGACACACUCAGAGACGCUGCCCUACUGUAACACACACAGCACACGCACAAACACACACACUUCUCAUCGUGGCGUUGGGGACUGGACAGACCUCUCUCCAGCUGGGUUUUUGUUUUGUCUUCUCCCUCAUUGGCUGAAGCAACAGUGUUCCGUUGAUGCUCAGCUUGCUCUUCGCCAAAACGCAAAUCCCUGCAAAGCUCCCUGUGCUCGUGCGGCGUCUGGCUGCGGCAGCCAUUAGUGACUGUGUGCCAAGCGCUGCGGUGUGAUCCCUUGAUGGGGCGUUUUGUUGAUCAGAACAGUAAUUUCAUUUCCCAACGCUUAAUUGUCUCUGUGGAGGUGUGAACGCGAAUCAUGCCAGAAGUCAACCCAGAGCUAAAACAAGAUUCAUUUCUCUUGCUCUUUGCUAUUGGAGUGGGAGGGGAUACUGCAUCCCUGUACUGUACUGCUAAUUUAAUGUCUGAAUUAAACCACUUAGAUGUAGAGUUCUCAUUGAGACACCACUGUUGUAGUGAUUGGGCUGAUGACAGCUGAGCCACUGUGUGUACCCUGUCCCCCCCCUCCCCACCUCAGCUUAUAACCUGGCCAUCUGCCCACACACAUCUCAAAUAAGGCAUUAAAUGACAGCACUUCAAAACCACACGCAAUCUGCAUCAUUUUCAUAAAAUGCUAAAUGUGAAUAAAAUGAGGUGGAAAAAUA